AUGGAACUUCAGGAGUCAAGCCGACCACACAGUUCGUCUGAACCGGUCUCCGAAGCAUGGAGACUCUCUCGCGAAAUCGAGCAGACAGAACUGCCCCCCGCCGAUCAUGGUAAAGGUGCCUGGUUGGCUCUCCUGGGCUGCGUAUUAGCUCAGGUACCAAUCUGGGGCUUCUCUCUUGCUUGGGGAGUCUUUCAAGAAUAUCUGUCGCAUACAGAAUUCGGAGAAAACUCUGGUAGUAUCGCUGUCAUCGGAACCACUUCAAGUGGCAUCCUAUACAUGCUAUCCCCCAUAACAUUCUCGGUACUUACAAAAUACCCUCAUCUCCGCAAAUCAUGCGGCUGGAUUGGUGUCAUGAUUUCUAUUGCCGGAUUCUUACUUGCAUCUUUCGCAACCGAAAUGUGGCAAUUGGUCAUCACGCUUGGCGUACUAUCUGCCGUCGGCAAUGGGUUAUUGUUCACGCCUACGACGCUGUAUCUGGAUGAAUGGUUUAUUCGUCGUAAGGGGUUGUCGAUGGGGAUCAUGUGGGCGGGCAAGAGUGUGGCGGGUGUUGUGCUGCCGUUUGUUGCGCAGACGAGUCUGUCCAGGUUUGGGAUGGGGAAUACGUUGAGGGCGUGGGCUGUUCUGACUGGCAUCAUCACAAUCCCACUACUCAGAUUCAUCCGCCCACGUCUUCCCCUGCCCGCAUCUCGCACACCACGCCGUCUCGACAUGAGUUUCCUACGACUCAGCACAUUCUGGAUACUCGAAAUGAGUAACAUAAUUCAAGGGUUGGGCUACUUCCUUCCAUCCGCAUACUUAUCUUCGUUCGCGCGCGACAUUGGUCUUUCCGAUACAUACGGCACUCUAGUCCUCGCCUUAUUCAACGGCACAUCCAUAUUUGGCGGCGUAAUCAUGGGCAUACUCUGCGACAAGUUUGAUGUUACCAACAUCAUCCUCCUCUCGAGUGUCGCGUCUGCGACCUCUGUGCUCUUAUUCUGGGGCUUGUGCCCUAGUAGUCAUCACGGCGGCGUUGCAGUCUUGACUCUUUUCUCACUUACGUAUGGCUUCUUUGCGGGUGGGUUUAGUUCUACGUGGUCUGGUGUGUUGAAUGAGGUGAAGAGAGUGAAUCCGGGGAUGGAGACCGGGUUGGUGUUUGGGUUGUUGGCUGGUGGGCGCGGAAUUGGGAAUGUGAUUAGUGGGCCGGUGAGUAGUGCGUUGAUGCAGAAUCAGGUAGGUGAAAUAGGAGGAUUUUCGACGAAUUAUGGGGGAUUGAUCUUGUUUACGGGUCUUACGGCGGCUUUGGCUGGGUAUAGUGGUUAG